AAAAUGAGUUUUGGUAUUUCCUAACCCAUGCGUUUCUUGGUUUACCUCUUAACUUCCCCUGCUAUCAGAAUAGCCAAUUGAUCAUCAUUUAUGUUCUGGUUAGUCUAACGACAUUUCAACGUCUUGAUCUUUUUUCUUUUUUUUUUUUGUUUGCAAUCCUUACCGUCCUCGUUACCUCGCUUACCGUGUUGUAUGGAUAAUAACAGACAGUGUUAAGUAUAAAUCACACCCUUCCGGCCCACGGGGUUCCAGCUGAUGUACAACAAUGGCCAUGCCUACAAGAGUGUUUUGCUUUGUGGCCUUCAAGCUCGGCAAUGUCCCACUUAAAAUGCCAGUGUGUACCUCAAGGCUGGCCCAGCAUGAUUUGCGUGUAUGGAGUCAGAGAAGUCAUGCCUCAAAUCACAGAUAUACACGAAAGCAGGAGAUUAAUAAGGAGGAUUUUGGUCUGGAUGAUAUGGAUGCACAGAUUGAGGCAGUGAUCAAAGAGGAGAAGAAAAUAAUGAAAACCUUGAAAUUCCACAAGAUCCAUAGGCAGUUGAGGCCAAAUGGAGCCCCAAUAAGGACACUCACAUGGGAAGCAAUUGAACAGAUCAGGUUUCUAAAACGGGAGUCUCCAGAGGAGUGGACCAUAGAGCGGCUCGCUGAGGGCUUCUCAGUCACUCCAGAUGAAAUUUCCAGAAUACUCCGCAGUAAAUUCACUCCGAGCCCAGAGCGGAAACUGAAGCAAGAUAAAAUGGUGUUGGCUAAACAACAGCAACCAUCUCUUGCAGACGGGACUAAGGUUCAGCCCAGGUUACUGCCCAGGAACAGCACCCCGAUUACACUUCCCUUAGGAACCACAGGAGCCCUGGUGGCUAGUCAAAGCAAAGGAAUGAUUAAAGUGGACAGUAAAAGCUCCACUGCUAUUUCUCUGGGGACCCCACAACGGUCAACAGACCAUUUGAAUAGCAUGGUGCCCACACAUCACAAAGAUAAGACUUUAACUAUUGUAAAGUCAGUGGAGUUAGAGGAGGAAGAUGAUGUUGAUUAUUCUGAAGAUGGAGAGGUCUGGGACAGGGUUACUUUUUCAGAUGCAGAAUUACAAGACGUUGCACAUACUAUGACUGAAGAACAUAUUCCAGUAGUACAGAAGGGGAGUGAAUAUUUUGACGCAGAAGGUAACUUUCUGUACCGGGUAUGAAUACUGUAGCAUGUUAUGUAAAACAGAACCAAGAAUGCUUUGCAUUUGAAUGUGUAAAUUGUACAUUUGUGAGGGCAACAAUAUUAAACACUCCUCAAAGACUUGGCAUAGUUAAAAAUAAAUAACACUUUCAUGUGA